CUCCUCUACAAUCUUCCCUGCCUUUCCUUCAGCCACCUCUCCUAGUUCCUGUGCCUCCCUCUCUACAGUGGGGACCGCAUCACCCAUGAGGUCCAACGCGGAGACCGAAGGAAGACCCGGAAGUGGGCAGGAUCGCCCGUCACGUGAUGGGGCAGCAGCGUUUGCCUCACGUGACAGCAGCCCGGCGGCUACCUGGCGCGGAACGCCGGGCCGCUCUUAAAGACUCUCCUCCCCCAGGCUGGAGCCAACUUUGAGCCUUCUCUGGCUUUGGACCCAUCGGGGGACCUGAACUGGACGCCAUGGGAUGCUGUGCGGGCUCGCGGCGGCACCUUUCGGAUUCUGAGGGGGAGGAGGCUGCCCCGGAGCCCCGAGCCCCUCUGUUGGAGAAUCGGGGUGCGGCUCAGUGGAAGAAUGCGGUGGGCUUCUGGAUCCUGGGCCUUUGCAACAACUUCUCUUAUGUGGUGAUGCUCAGUGCUGCCCACGACAUCCUGAGACAGGAGAGGGCGUCUGGGAACCAGAGCCAUGUGGACCCAGAGCCAACGGCCAUGCCUCACAACAGCUCAUCUCGAUUUGACUGCAACUCUGUCUCCACGGCUGCGGUGCUCCUGGCAGACAUCCUCCCCACCCUGGUCAUCAAAUUGCUGGCUCCUCUGGGCCUGCAUCUGCUGCCCUACAGCCCUCGGGUUCUCAUCAGUGGGGCUUGUUCUGCCGGAAGCUUCAUCCUGGUUGCCUUUUCCCACUCCGUGGGGACCAGCCUGUGCGGUGUGGUCCUGGCCAGCAUCUCCUCAGGUCUUGGGGAGGUCACCUUCCUCUCGCUCACUGCCUUCUACCCCAGGGCAGUGAUCUCCUGGUGGUCCUCGGGCACAGGUGGCGCAGGGCUGCUGGGAGCACUGUCCUACCUGGGCCUCACCCAGGCUGGCCUCUCUCCUCAGCACACCCUGCUCUCUAUGCUGGGGAUCCCUGGCCUACUGCUGGCCAGCUACUUCCUGUUGCUCACGGCGCCCAAGCCUCAGGACCCUGGUGGGGAAGAUGAGGCAGAGAGCAUAGCCCGGCAGCCCCUCUUAGGCACAGGAGCCCCAGGGCCAGGCGCCGGCUGGAACCUCUCCCUGCAGGAAAGGUGGACAGUGUUCAAGGGCCUGCUGUGCUACAUCAUCCCCUUGGUGCUGGUCUACUUCGCCGAGUACUUCAUCAACCAGGGACUUUUUGAGCUCCUGUUUUUCCGGAACACAUCCCUGAGUCACCCUCAACAGUACCGCUGGUACCAGAUGCUGUACCAGGCCGGCGUCUUUGCCUCUCGCUCCUCUCUCCGCUGCUGUCACAUCCGCUUCACCUGGGUGCUGGCCCUGCUGCAGAGUCUCAACUUGGCCUUCCUGCUGUUGGCUGUGUUGCUGGACUUCCUGCCGAGCAUAUACCUCGUCUUCCUGAUCAUUGUGUAUGAGGGGCUCCUGGGGGGUGCGGCCUACGUGAACACCUUCCACAACAUUGCCCUGGAGACCAGUGAUGAGCACCGCGAAUUUGCCAUGGCGGCCACCUGUAUCUCUGACACCCUGGGGAUCUCGCUAUCGGGCGUGGUGGCCUUGCCUCUGCAUGACUUCCUGUGCCACCUUCCAUGACACUGACACAGCUGUUGGGGUGCAGGACACACUGACCUUCGCAUAGGAGCCGGUGAGACACCCAGGCCCGCCCCAGAGCCUGCCUUCCACAAGCUGUGCCCUGGGCCUCCCCUGCUGGGCAGGAUGACAAGUACGGGGAUGUCACCCGCUUGAGCGUGGGCAGCCUCUCUCGCACCUCCCAGCUGGUCUGGGGGCAUCGCUUGGCAUGUUACUCUCAAUAAACA